CAUCAUUCAACUGCAUAAAUGGCUCUAAUUCUCUAGAUACAUCGAAACCUACACAAUUUUUCGUUUUCGAAACUCCUAAGUCAUAAAUAAAAUGGAGAUUCUUAUGUCAAACUGGUCUGAAGUUGUUCAAUCCAUGCCAGAAAAAUACAUAUUCCCUCCUAAUAAAAGGCCCGGAAAUCACGUUUUUCCCGUUUUCAAGAACAUUCCAUUGAUCGAUCUCGAAGAGACAAAUGGCCGUGACCGAACCAAGCUAAUUCAACAGAUUUUCAGUGCAAGCCAAGAUUUUGGAAUCUUUCAGGUGAUUAACCAUGGAAUUCCUACAAGCCUAAUGGAUGAUACAAUGAGUGUUUCAAAGGAGUUUUUCGCUAUGCCAGCCGAGUAUAAAACGAGCUUCUAUUCAACCGACAUAGCUAGAAAAUGCAGAAUCUACUCGAGCACAAUGAAUUACGAUAACGAAGAAGUUCACUACUGGAGAGAUAAUUUCACUCACCAUUGUCAUCCACUUGAAGACCAAAUUUACCUCUGGCCCGAUAACCCUACCAGAUACCGUGAAGUAGUUGGUGAAUAUUCGGUUGAAGUGAGGAGGCUUAUGUUAAGGAUAUUGGAAGUUAUAAGUGAAGGGCUGGGUUUGAAACCCGGAUAUUUUGAUGGUGAACUGAGUAAGACACAACUCUUGUCUGUAAAUCAUCAUAUUCGAUGCCCUAAUCCGAGUUUGACUUUAGGAAUGCCUGAACACAGUGACCCUAAUCUCAUUAGCUUGCUUCAGCAAUCUUCUGUUCCUGGUCUUCAGAUUUUUCACCAUGGUCAAUGGAUGGAUGUUGACCCCAUUCCCCAUGCCCUUAUUCUCAUUCCAGGUCUUCAACUCAAGGUGAUUAGUAAUGGGAAAUUUUCGAGCCCGAUACACAGAGUGAUGACGCACUCGGAAGAAGCUCGGACCACCAUCGGGACAUUCUUGAUUCCAUCGCAAGAAAUAUGUAUAGAGCCGGCGAAGGAAUAUUCCGGCGAAGAUCCCCUCUACAGAAGUUUCACGUAUAAAGAAUUCUUCAACACCUUCACUCAGAGCAACUGUGAUGCUGAUACUGCACUCCAAUAUUUUAAGAAAUAAUUAUAAAGAUCACUAAAAUAAUAAUGUGCAGCGAGUACUAAACACCCAAGAAAGUCAUCAUUUAUUUAAGGAUGAAGUGAUUAACGGAUAAAUGCUUGAGUGUGUGUGUGUGUGUGUGUGUGUGAGAGAGAGUGCGCGUGCUUGUGUGUGUGAGUGCGUGCUCGCGUGUGCGUGUGGAUUGAAGUUCCAAUUUAUAUAUAUGUGUGUGUGGAUUGAAGUUGCAAUUUUCAUUAACCACUAUCUUCUUCUU